CCGCCGGCGCGCGCCUGUGGCGCAGCCUGUGCGGCAGCGGCGGCAGGGGCGGAGCCGCGCGACAUGGCCGCCGGGCGGCUGCCGCCGGGAGCCCUCACGCUGAAACAGUUCCUGAGGCGGCAGCAGGUGCUUCAGCUCUACAGGAAGAUCCUGCGAGCUCUUCGAGAGGUCCCUGCCGAAACAGAUCGCCAAUAUUUGAGGGACUGGGCCAGGGAGGAGUUCAAGAGAAACAAGGAUGCUACAGAAGAGGAUGCGAUCAGGAUGAUGAUUACUCAAGGCAACAUGCAACUCCAGGAACUUCAGAGAACACUGAAGCUGGCAAAAUCCUGAUCUUGAUUCCAUGGCCACCUGGACUUUCUGCUGUGAAGGAGCAAGAGCGUGGUUACAUUUAACAGCCUUUGCUGACAACCUGGUAAUGUUUGGCAGUGGAAUCAACCACAGUGGGGGUUUUUGUUUGGGUUUUGGUCUUUCCCCUUUCACUUCUUGGUUUGGUUAUUCUCCCAUGUUGGAGUCACUCCCUGACAAAGGGCUUUAAAGAACUGAGUGUGUGAUAUAGCUUAUGCCAUGGGAAAAGCAGAAAGCAGCAACAAUUACAACAGCCAAGCUGUGACAGGGAAAUGGCAAAUAAAUAAAAGCCACAUUAUUUUGUCUUCUA